GUCUGCCCCGAGCAUCUUGGGGCCUGAGCUCCGUGGCGGACCCCGCGCCGCUGCCGCCACCCUGAGCACGUGGCUCCCUAAUUCAGAGCGAUGGGGCUCGAGGACCUCUGCGCGGGGGGCGGCGACUGCCGCGCUGAGCGCGAGCUGCUCCGCCGCGCGGCAGAGGUGGAGGCAUCGUCCCAGGACCUCAUCGAGAGGCGCAGGCAGGAGCUCGUCGAGCAGCGCCUGGAGCUGGAAGCGCGCGCGCAGGCCGCGGAGGAGGAGCUCGAGGCCGAGAAGGUACGGCAGAGGCGAGAAGGCUGGCAGCAGUGCCUGCCCACUCCGGGCAGGAUUCGCUGCUGGUGUCACCGCAGGCGUUGUCCGCUCGAGACGAUGGCCGCCUGCCCAACGGCAGACGCGACGCUGUCGGGUUUGGACAGCAUUCCCUGUUGGGCAUCGUCCCUAGUUUUUUUUGUUCCUUCCCCAUUUCAGACGUCCAAGAAGAUGAUGAUUGCAUGCGUGACGUGUGAAUACGCACCACUCGCCGCCACUCGCCGCCGUUUGACCUCUAGGGGCACCUUUUUGCCAUUGCGCUGAA